CCACAAAAAGAGAAAAAAUAGUAGAAAAAUAUAAAGCUGUAAAUUCAAGAGAGGAACGAGGCAGAGGCGAAUUCGUGGGGAUUAAUUUUGCUUCUUUGGGUAAUGAGAGUUGAUUCUACCCCUGCUUCAAAGCGUCAGAGAUUCAGAGCCGUUGAUCCAAUGGAGUUGGAAUCAGCUAAAGCUAAGCUUGCAGCUGCAAAAGAAAAGUUUGGACGUGAAAUCCGUGUGUUUGAAAUAUCAACUGCUUCUUCAACGCCUUCUGAUGUUUCCAGCACUGUGUCAGACGAGCCAGAAGACUUCUAUGAGUUCACACCAGAGGAUUAUUAUCGACUUUUGGCAACAAAAAAAGAAGAUAAGCAUUUGAAGACAAAGAAACUUCGCGAGGCAGAACAAGCUGCACGCAGAGCAAGGAUAACUAAGGCUGUACUCAGAGUACGGUUUCCGGAUAAUUAUACGUUGGAGGCCACAUUUCAUCCAUCAGAGACAAUCCAAAGCUUACUUGACCUUCUUAUGAAAGUGAUUGCUCACCCUGAACUUCCUUUCUAUCUCUAUACUACUCCUCCUAAGAAGCAAAUAAAAGAUGUAUCUCAGGAUUUCUAUUCUGCUGGAUUUAUUCCUGGUGCUAUUGUCUAUUUCUCUUACGAUCUACCCAAAGGUGAUGAUGGUGCUGCAGCAUUGGGACCUUACCUUCAAGAAGAGGUCAUGUCUUUGCAAGGAUUGGAUUCUAUGAUAGAGAUGGAGCCUGGUGAACCUAGCAGAGAUGAACCUCCCAAAACCAACCCCCCUGCUUCAGCGCCAGAUCAGAAGCCUGCUGAUAAGAAGAAAAUUAAGCCAAAGUGGUUGAAACUGUGAUAUCGUUGAUUUCAGGGUUAUGCUAUAGUCUACUCUAUUCCGUGUUAUUUGUAAUCUUUGCUGGUUCUGUGAUCAGUUUGUCAGUAGAAGCGAAAACAUAUGUACAUGGUGCUCUUUGCUUCAACGGGAUAGUCACUUUCUGGAGUUGUAGGCCACAAGAGGAGGUUGGAAUUUGGAAAUAUGUUCCUCAUCUAAAUAAUGGUUUCCCUUAAUCCUUGAUUCAGUUGGCAUAUAGGUUGCACUUUUAGAUA